UAAAAGCCAAAAACCCAUUCUUCUUCUUUCUCCUCGCCCCCUUCCCCUUCUUCGAAACCCUAAAUUUUCCCCCAAAUCCAACAGAGAAAUUCGACAAGUCCUCUCUUCUGUGGACGAAGAUAACAGCAAUUGGACAACAUGGACAUUUCCACCCUGGAACCAUUAUAUUAUUGCAAUGCAGUACAAUUUUCUGGGGUUGCUCAAGAAGGUAAGAGACUUUGGAUCAGAGCAAGAACCGCACCGAUACAUUAUAGGCUCCUCAAACUAAUUCAUAGCUGUCGUCGUUGGAUUGACCCGUCCGGCGUGGACAUGGUUCCGAUCAGAGUAAAACUCUACCAGCAAACAGCAACUGUCCGCUGGGAUGAGUUUUGUAGAGGCCUUUGUUAUGAUGAACCAAAAUGGGUAACUGAAAGACGAUUUAUUGUCCCUGUCUCCGAUUUCAAGGCAUUAUCGAAAAUGGUUGGUUAUAGAAAGAUUGUGGCCGGGUAUCUUUCCAGCAUGCGCGUCCCAGAAGAUGAACAUGAAGCUAUUAUUCAAGAAAUAUUUUGGGCAAUUUAUCAUGCCGUCCCUGAAUUUCCCAUUAUAGUGAGGAUACAGCAGUUGACUCUGCAAGCAGCGAACAAUGCAAUUACAUCAUAUAUUGAGGGUUUGGGGAGAGUGAGAGUUGAUAGUUUGGAGGAAGCUAAUAGACAUACAACUUGCGCUAUUUGUAGGGAGGACCUUGAUCACUUUGAAGGGAUUGAUAAUGAUGAGCAGAUGAUUAUUCGCUUGCCCUGCUUGCACCUUUAUCAUGGAGAUUGCAUUGUCCCUUGGCUGGAGAGGUGUCUGGACUGCCCCUUGUGUCGACAGUUUAUGCCUAUUAUGCAAGAGGCUAAUUCAUCAUCAAAACCCUCAGGCCUACUGCGUUGGCCUACGCUGCUCAUGCACAUCUUGCAUAGCCGCCUCUGCUGUUUAUAUAACUUACCAUUGACCUUGUAUUUGGCUGUUCAAUUAUUUUCCUUCAGUGUUUCAAUUGUUUCUUUUCUUUUUUAAACAAACCAGCAUUUGAAUUUUACAAAAGUAGAUGAAGAUAGUCGUAUAUUAUUUAUCACAACUCUUUAUCCUUUCAUACAAUAGUAGAAACUACAGGUGUAACUGGUUAAUAUGGUCAUCUGUACUUUAUUUAUUAAAACCAUAUGUUUUAACUUUUGCUUUUGAUACAUCCAUUAUUCAUGUUCGUGUCUAGAAUUCCUGAUCUUCACUACAUUUCUACAGCUGAAAUGGAGAGAGGGAGAGUGAGUGAGUGAUAAUCUCAGAUUUAUGGUCAAGUAUAUAUAGCACGGGGAACUGGUGUGGAGAGUUGGAUUGUACGUACACUGUCAAGUGCUCCAAGCCUGAUAACUGAAGUUCAUGUUGCUUUUGCUUUGUUUCAAUAUGCGAGGUCAGUCAUUUCUUGAAAGAGAUCUGGUAUGGGACUUGAUGUUGUACCUGUGAACCCAAGACAGUCAUCUCCUGCAAGAUAUUCAGUAUGGGACUGGUGAUGCUGGUUUCGACUGUAGAAUUAGAAGGUUGUUUAUGCAACUCUCGUUAUACUGGUC